CCCUUCGGUGAAACGAGGUUGUCAUUCCCCCAUCUCCUCCCUGUGAAUCGGACGGGUGUAACACUGCUCCAUUUGCACAAUCGCACCGAUCUUCCAUCCCCCGACUCGGUGCAAUGGCGUCAAACCUUCCUCUCCCUGUGCCUCCACGAACUCCCACGCCGCCUCCCGACGAUCCUCCCAGCGUCUCUGGUCACUUAUCCCAUCAUUUUGAUCGCAAUUCCUUGUCGCCUAUGGUAGAUUCCUUUCCAUUGCAGCGGGGCCCAGUAGAUCCAGAAGACCGCAAUCGGUUGAGUCCUACCAGAGCGUCUUUCAAUACCAGUAACUCCACGGACAUAGUACAACAAAAUGGCCAGAAUGAUGAUGUUUCCCCCGGGCCAUUUAAUUUCCAAACAACAACUAUGGCCAAAAGCCCGGUCGUGAAAUCUAACAUCGGCCAGCGACGUGGUCACAAGUACAAGCACAGUAGUAUUUCACACCAGAUCUUCCUCGAACCUCCCCCAAGGGCGCCUCUAGCUCUACCUAACUCGUUACCUAUACCGACAUUGAAAGAAUGUCGAGCUAGCAUGUCUGUGGACCAGAAAAGGCGGCUCUGGUGGAGUGUAUGCCACAUGUUUGUAGCCGCAUAUACGUUGUGGAGCGCGCACGGCUCUCUGGCUAUGACGGCUCUAUCGCAUUUGAUAUUGUUCGACUCACUCGGAGCUUUGCUUUGCGUUGCCGUCGAUGUGUUGGGGAAUUUCGAGGUUUGGAAGAGGUCCAGCAUUCGACAUCCUUUUGGGCUGGAACGCGCAGAGGUCCUGGCCGGCUUCGCUAUGUGCGUUUUGCUUUUGUUCAUGGGAAUGGACCUCAUUUCCCAUAAUCUUCAGCACUUUCUUGAGUCUUCUGGUCAUGAGCCACACCACGCGCAUGUCCAUGAACGCGUGUCCCCUGGAAGUGUAGACUUCACCGCCCUCCUGGCGAUAUCAUCGACGCUGGUUUCUGCAAUUGGCUUGAGGAACCAUGGGCGCAUCGGCAAGGCAAUGCGAUUUGGUUACAUUGAUUCCUUGCCCUCAGUUCUUAGUAACCCAUCUCAUUUCCUCACUCUCUCCUGUUCUACUCUGCUCUUGUUGCUCCCAUUGGUUUCGAUUCGUUUAUAUACCUGGCUUGAUGUCAUGUUAUCCAGCACGAUCGCAAUCUCCAUGUGUGUAAUCGGGGUGCGAUUAGUGAAGACCCUAGGUUCCAUGCUCCUCAUGUCCUAUUCAGACCAAGGUGUCUCCGAUGUUGUCCGAGAUAUUGAAGCCGAUCCAUGUGUGUUUGGCGUCGACGAUGCUAGAUUUUGGCAGGUACACUACGGCUUAUGUAUGGCAAACUUGAAGCUUCGUGUUUCAGGCUCGGAAGAAAACCUCGCGCGACUCCGCGAACGAAUCUCUAGCUUGAUCCGGAAUCGACUAGGGGGAGGAUAUGGAGGAGCCGGUGGUGGUCAGAAGUGGGAAAUUUCUCUGCAGUUUACGAUAGAGAGAACUUGAGCUGGAUUUCGUUCGUCUCUAAUAUAAUACCAUACUUGUACAUUAUGAACCGCAAGCAACCAUUACGUGUGUGGCAUACAUGCCAUUUCAAUGGAACUAUCUUUCUAAAAACU